AUGCUCCAGAGCCAUGCGGAGCACCUAAGGUACCGGUUUCAGCAGUAUCAAAACACGCGGGGCAGCAUCGAGCGGCAUGCAGGCUCCCUGCUCAACUUUGCCAGGGGCGCCAAGGACUACGGGAUCCACACCACUGACGAGCUCACCGUGUACCGCGAGUGGGCGCCGGCCGCCCAGGCUGCGCAGCUUAUCGGGGACUUUAACGGCUGGAAGCCUCUGGACAUGAGCCUGGGCGACAAUGGCGUAUGGUUCAUCGAACUCCCCCACGGUCCCGGUGGUGCGCCGGCCAUCCCGCAUGGCGCCCUGGUGAAGGUCCGCCUGCGGCUGCCCGGCGGGGAGUGGGUGGACCGGAUCCCCGCCUGGAUCAAAUGGGCUGUGGUCCCCCAGGGCGAGAUGGGGGCCAAGUAUGUCGGCGUGCACUGGGCGCCCGCGGAGGCCCACGCUUGGGUGCACCCCCGGCCGCCACGCCCCGCCACCCUCCGCAUCUACGAGGCCCAUGUGGGCAUGAGCAGUGAGGAGAGGGCGGUGGCCAGCUACACCUACUUCAAAGACUCGGUGCUGCCCCACAUCCACGCCUCGGGCUACAAUGCCAUCCAGCUGAUGGCCGUCCAGGAGCACGCCUACUACGGCUCCUUUGGCUACCAUGUGACCAACCCCUUUGCAGCGAGCAGCCGGAGCGGGACGCCCGAGGAGCUCAAAGCCCUCAUCGACGCCGCCCACGGCCUCGGCAUCGUGGUGCUGCUGGACGUCGUGCACUCUCACAUCUCCUCCAACUGCGAGGACGGGCUGGCAGGCUUCGACUUUGGACAGGGGCCCGACGAAAACUACUUCCUGCAGGGGGACCGGGGGUACCAUAAGGAGUGGGACUCGCGCCUGUUCAACUACGCUGGGUACGAGACGCUGCGCUACCUCCUCUCCAACCUGCACUACUGGAUCCAGGACAUGGGCUUCGACGGCUUCCGCUUCGACGGCGUCACCUCCAUGCUCUACCACCACCACGGCAUCGGCAUUGGCUUCACGGGCAACUACUCGGAGUACUUCAGCCCCUCCACCAACAUCGACGCCCUUGUGUACCUCAUGCUGGCCAACGACAUGGUGCAUGAGCUGCUGCCCAGCGCCAUCACCAUCGCCGAGGAUGUGUCCGGGGCGCCCACCCUCUGCCGCCCCGUCGGCGAGGGCGGCGUCGGAUUCGACUACCGCCUGGCCAUGGGGGAGCCCGACUUCUGGGUGCGCACCGUGAAGCAGGUUGCUGACGAGGACUGGAGCAUGACGGGCAUGGCCAGCGCGCUGUGUGACCGGCGGUACAGCGAGGCCACGGUGGGGUACGUGGAGAGCCACGACCAGGCCCUGGUGGGGGACCAGACCCUAGCCUUCCAGCUGAUGGGGACGGAGAUGUACACCAGCAUGUCGGCGCGGCAGCACCCCUUGCCGCCCAGGAUUGAGCGGGGAAUUGCACUGCACAAGCUCAUCCGCCUGAUCACCAUGUGCCUGGGUGGCGAGUCCUACCUCAACUUCAUGGGCAACGAGGAGGGUAAUGGCUGGAGCUACGAGCACUGCCGCCGCCUGUGGAGCCUGUUGCAGUCCGAUGACCUGCUGUACCCCGCACUGGGGCGGUGGGAUGCUGCAUGCAUGGCCCUGGACCAGAAGGGAGGCUUCAUUGCCUCUAGGCACCAGUGGGUCACCCUGGCAGACGAUGCACGCCAGGUGUUGGUGGCGGAGAGGGGUCCCUACCUCUUUGUGUUCAACUGGUCGCCCAGCACCAGCUACCAGGGGCUGGAGGUACCAGCGCCCCGCCCCGGCAAGUACCGCCCCGUGCUCGACUCCGAUGCGCGGGAGUUUGGGGGCCAGGGGAGGGUGGACGGCGCCACAGAGCACUUUUCUCAGCCACGGGCCCCACAAGUCCAUGGCCGCGACCAGGCACUGAUGGUGAUGGUGCCGGCCCGCUGUGUGGCGGUGUACGAGUGCGUGGACGGCUGA